AUGGGUUGUUUGGAUGAGAAUGAGAAUGAGAAUGAGAAUGAGAAUGAGAAUGAGAUUGAGAGAGAUGGGUUCAUAAUCUCCGAAGCUGUAGACACCAUAACAACAACUCAGCUCAUUAGAGACAAUGAGACCAUAGUUUCAUCUGGCGGAAACUUUGAACUGGGAUUUUUCAGCCCCAGUAGUUCCAAGAAUCGAUAUUUGGGAAUAUGGUACAAGAAAAUAACAACCAGGACCGUGGUAUGGGUUGCUAACAGAGAAACAGUCCUAAAGGUCACCAGCCCAGGAAUUCUUGUCCUACUCAAUGGAACUAGCAACAGGAUAUGGUCUUCUAAUACGUCAAGAUCAGUACAGAACCCAGUUGCACAACUUUUGGACUCAGGAAAUUUUGUUGUGAGAAACGCCAAUGAUGAUAACCCACAGAAUUUUUUGUGGCAGAGUUUUGAUUAUCCAGGUGACACACUAUUACCAGGUAUGAAGGUGGGAAGGAACUUGUUAACCGGGCUAGAUUGCUACUUGUCAUCAUGGAAGAGCAAUGAUGAUCCAGCUCAAGGUGAUUAUACAUUCAGGAUGGAUACUCGUGGAUAUCCACAAUUGAUUGCAAGCAAUGUUACUGCUGAGACGUACAGGACUGGACCAUGGAAUGGUGUCCAGUUUAGUGGGACAUUGAACUUGAAAAAAAACAGUAUCUAUAAUUUCAGUUUUACUUUUAAUGAGCAGGAGGUGUCUGCUGGUUAUGAGCUUGUCAACAGCGCAGUUAUUUCAAGGUUAGUGUUGAGUCAGGAUGGUGUUAUGAGGCGCUGGACAUGGAUUGAUCGAACACAAGAUUGGAACCUUUACAACACUGCACCAGCUGAUAGCUGUGACAAUUAUGCAGUGUGCGGUGCUUAUGGUAGCUGCAACAUUACUAAUUCCCCAGUAUGUGGGUGUUUGAACAAAUUUGUCCCAAGAUACCCGAAGGAUUGGGAUAGGGGAGAUUGGUCAAACGGGUGCAUGAGGAGGACACCCUUUGUUUGUCACCAUGGAGAUGGAUUCCUAAAGUAUUCCAGGAUCAAAUUGCCAGACACACAAAAUUCAUUGUUCAACGUGAGCAUGACCCUUAAGGAAUGCGGAACAAUGUGCUUGGAAAACUGCUCUUGUAUGGCAUAUGCAAAUUUAGACAUAAGCGGAGGAGGAACUGGUUGCCUGCUCUGGUUUGACGACCUGAUUGAUAUCAGAGAGUUCAGCGAAGAUGGGCAAGAUCUCUAUGUGAGGAUGGCAUCCUUUGAGUUAGAAACAGUCCCCCAAGUUGGCUCCAAUGGGAAGAGAAUAGAGAAAAUCAUAGUCAGUUUGACAGUAACAACUGGAAUGCUUCUGCUAUGCCUGAGCCUGUUCUUGUAUGUCUGGAAAAAGAAAAAGCACAAGCAGCUAAAGAGAAAAGUAAUAAUGGGAUACAUCUCCAAGCAAAAUUACUCCAAUAGUGAAAGCCAGAAGGAAGAUUUCCAGUUACCUUUAUUUGACUUCGCUACAAUUGUGAAUGCCACUGAUAACUUCUCAAUAAACAAUAAGCUGGGGGAGGGUGGAUUUGGCCUUGUUUACAAGGGUGAGCUUAAAGGGGGACAAGAAAUAGCUGUGAAGAGACUUUCGAGAAAUUCUAGUCAAGGACUCGAUGAUUUCAAGAAUGAAGUUUCAUAUAUUGCAAAGCUUCAACAUCGGAAUCUUGUGAAGCUUCUAGGAUGCUGUAUUCAAGGAGAAGAGAAGAUGGUGAUCUAUGAAUACAUGCCCAACAAAAGCUUGGACUACUUUAUAUUUGAUCAAACCCAAAGCACAUUACUAGAUUGGCCGACGCGCUUUCACAUUAUCGAUGGAAUUUCCCGGGGGCUUUUGUAUCUUCAUCAAGAUUCCAGACUGAGAAUUAUCCAUAGAGAUCUCAAAGCCAGCAAUAUAUUGCUAGAUAUUGACAUGAACCCAAAAAUUUCGGAUUUUGGUUUGGCUAGAAGUUUUGGAGGAAAUGAAACAAAAGCGAAUACAAACCGAGUAGUUGGAACAUAUGGCUACAUGCCUCCGGAGUACGCAGUGCAUGGGUAUUUCUCAGUAAAAUCGGAUGUUUUUAGCUUUGGUGUUUUGGUGUUAGAGGUUGUUAGCGGGAAGAGAAACAGAGGUUUCGUUCAUGCAAACCACCAUCACAACCUUCUUGGGCAUGCAUGGAUUCUCUAUAGAGAAGGCAGGUCAAUAGAACUAAUUGAUGUGUCUCUUAAGGAACUCAAGUUAUCUAUUGAAAUACUAAGAUCAAUCCAUGUAAGUUUAUUAUGUGUGCAACAGUGUCCAGAAGAUAGGCCGAGUAUGUCAUCAGUGGUUCUGAUGUUGGGUGGUGAGGGUGCAUUGCCUCGGCCUAAACAGCCUGGUUUUUUUGCAGAAAUGAAUCAAGGUGAUGCUGAUUGUUCAACAAGCAGGGAUGCACCAAGUUCAACCAAUGAAGUCACUGUUACUUUAGAUGGUCGAGUUGUGCGGCUUGGUUUAGGUGAGUUUUAUGUAUGGUCUGAUGUUGAUUCGUUGUGUUUGUUUGAUGCGUUUAGUUUUGUGGGGUGUGUCAACGUUCGAUGUAUGGUGUUUGUAGUUUUGUUGUUGUGUACUUACGAUCAGACCAAUGCAAUUAAAUACACCAAGAUUAGAAGCAUGAGGACAUCAACUGAAGGCUUCACCAUACUUCUAUUCUUAUCUUCUUUAUUUUCCAGUUUCAUAAUCUCGGAAGCUGUAGACACCAUAACAACAACUCAACUCAUUAGAGACAACGAGACCAUAAUUUCAUCUGGCGGAAGCUUUGAACUGGGAUUUUUCAGCCCCGGUAGUUCCAAGAAUCGAUAUUUGGGAAUAUGGUACAAGACAAUAACAACCAGGACCGUGGUAUGGGUUGCUAACAGAGAAACUCCAAUCACCAAUGCAUCAGGAGUCCUAAAGGUCACUAGCCCAGGAAUUCUUGUCCUACUCAAUGGAACUAGCAACAGGAUAUGGUCUUCGAAUACGUCAAGAUCGGUACAGAACCCAGUUGCACAACUUUUGGACUCAGGAAAUUUUAUUGUGAGAAACACAAAUGAUGAUAACCCACAGAAUUUUCUUUGGCAGAGCUUUGAUUAUCCAGGUGACACGCUUUUACCAGGUAUGAAGGUAGGAAGGAACUUGUUAACCGGGCUAGAUUGGUACUUGUCAUCUUGGAAGAACAACGAUGACCCAGCUCAAGGUGAUUAUACUUUCAGGAUGGAUACUCGUGGAUAUCCACAAUCAAUUCUGUACAAUAUUGCUGCUGAGACGUACAGGACUGGACCAUGGAAUGGUGUCCAGUUUAGUGGGACAUUGAACUUGAAAAAAAACAGUAUCUAUAAUUUCAAUUUUACUUUUGACGAGCAGGAGGUGUCUGGUGGUUACGAGCUUGUCAACAGCGCAGUUAUUUCAAGGUUUGUGUUGAGUCAGGAUGGUGUUAUGAGGCGCUGGACAUGGAUUGAUCGAACACAAGAUUGGAACCUCUACAACACUGCACCAGCUGAUAGCUGUGACAAUUAUGCAGCGUGCGGUGCUUAUGGUAGCUGCAACAUUGCUAAUUCCCCAAUAUGUGGGUGUUUGAACAAAUUUGUCCCAAGAUACCAGAAGGAUUGGGAUAGGGGAGACUGGUCAAAUGGAUGCAUGAGGAGGACACCCUUUGUUUGUCACCAUGGAGAUGGAUUCCUAAAGUAUUCCAGGGUCAAAUUGCCAGACACACGAAAUUCAUGGUUCAACGUGAGCAUGACCCUUGAGGAAUGUGGGGCACUGUGCUUGGAAAACUGCUCUUGUAUGGCAUAUGCAAAUUUAGACAUACGAGAAGGAGGAACUGGUUGCUUGCUUUGGUCUGGCCACCUGAUUGAUAUCAGAGAGUUCAGUGAAGGCGGGGAAGAUCUCUAUGUGAGGAUGGCAUCCUCUGAGUUAGAAAUAGUCCCCCACGUUAGCUCCAAUGGGAAGAGGAGAGAGAAAAUCGUAGUCAUCUUGACAGUAACAACUGGAAUGCUUCUGCUAUGCCUGAUCCUGUUCUUGUAUGUUUGGAAAAAUAGAAAGCACAAGCAGCUAAAGCGAAAAGUAAUAAUGGGAUACAUCUCCGAGCAGAAUUAUACCAAUAGUGAAAGCCAGAAGGAAGAUUUCCAGUUACCAUUUUUUGACUUUGCUACAAUUGUGAAUGCUACUGAUAACUUCUCAAUAAACAAUAAGCUGGGGGAGGGUGGAUUUGGCUCUGUUUACAAGGGUGAGCUUAGAGGGGGACAAGAAAUGGCUGUGAAGAGACUUUCGAGAAAUUCUACUCAAGGACUCGAUGAGUUCAAGAAUGAAGUUUUAUAUAUUGCAAAGCUUCAACAUCGGAAUCUUGUGAAGCUUCUAGGAUGCUGUAUUCAAGGAGAAGAGAAGAUGCUGAUCUAUGAAUACAUGCCCAACAAAAGCUUGGACUACUUUAUAUUUGGUCAAACCCAAAGCACAUUACUAGAUUGGCCUAAGCGCUUUAACAUUAUCAUUGGAAUUUCCCGGGGGCUUUUGUAUCUUCAUCAAGAUUCCAGACUGAGAAUUAUCCAUAGAGAUCUCAAGGCCAGCAAUAUAUUGCUAGAUAUUGACAUGAACCCAAAAAUUUCAGAUUUUGGUUUGGCUAGAAGUUUUGGAGGAAAUGAAACAAAAGCGAAUACAAACCGAGUAGUUGGGACAUAUGGCUACAUGCCUCCGGAGUACGCGGUGCAUGGGCAUUUCUCAGUAAAAUCGGAUGUUUUUAGCUUUGGUGUUUUGGUGCUGGAGAUUGUUAGCGGGAAGAGAAACAGGGGUUUUGUUCAUGCAAACCACCGUCACAACCUUCUUGGGCACGCAUGGAUUCUAUACAGAGAAGGCAGGUCAAUAGAACUAAUUGAUGCAUCUCUAAGGAACUCAAGUUAUCUAUCUGAAAUACUAAGAUCAAUCCAUGUUAGUCUAUUAUGUGUGCAACAAUGUCCAGAAGAUAGGCCGAGUAUGUCAUCAGUGGUUCUAAUGUUGGGUGGUGAGGGUGCAUUGCCUCGACCUAAACAUCCUGGUUUUUUCACAGAAAUGAAUUUAGGUGAUGCUGAUUGUUCAACAAGCAGGGAUGCACCAAGUUCAACCAAUGAAGUCACUAUUACGCUGUUGGAUGGUCGAUAGAGAACACAAUCAAGCCGAUGUUUGCAUGUUUCUAAAUCUGUGAAUCAUGAAACUUUCUUUCUUAUCUUCUCUUUUUUAGGCCAUUUAUCUUUUUUUGCUUGGGUUAAUUUGUGGAAUAUGAUAAUCAUUACCGAACUCUGCAUCACAUUCCUUGUAGGAUAAUAGUUUCAUUAACCUUUACUCUUGUAGUCAUUUCAUUUUGGCUAACUAGUAAGUUGCCAUGAAAGGCUUGGACUCCUUUAUUUGUAAUUUGAUUCAACCCCCUUAAAACUAGAUAUAUAAAGUUUGAGCAAUUUUUGCAUAAA